AUGAACUUUAAGCUGACAUUACACACUGAUAGAUACGUAGAUGGAUUUGGUAAUUGCUUUACUUUGGAGCCAGACCGGAUGAAUUUGGAAAGUGAGAUAGCUCCAUUGGGGGCGUGCUUUAGUUAUAGUGACUACAAUGAAGCGUUCCAUCCAAACGAGAGUGAAGUUAUUAACCUGCAAUCUGAAAUGGAAUGUGAUGACGUAGAUGUGGAUUUAGAGGUUAUCUCUGAACAAGAGGAAACUUGUAAAUGUAAAAGGGGUCCAUACAGAUACUACUCUGAAGCACAUAAGCAAAGAUUCUGGCAAUUGGUUAUCAGUAUUAUACGGAAAUAUGGAUGGUCGAAAGUAGGUGAAAAAUCUGUGCUUAAAGUUCCUAUAACCAGAGAUCUCAAUGUAUCAUUUUUAGGUGCCAUCUCUUCCAAAGGAAGCGUUGAUUUGAAGGUAAGAGUUCCAGCACAAGUUGCCCCUAACAAGAAGAGAAAACUCGGUUCCAACACUACAAUUUCGGAAGAGAAGACAAGAGUUGGUACCACCUCCAAGCAUUUCUAUGCAUUUGUAAAGUCCGUGCUUUGA